CCUACCUCUCAACCGUGACAUUGAACACGGUCGUCUGCAGUCGUCUAAGUCUUUCGACUCUCCUGCAGCAAAUAUGCAGACGAAACGGUCUAAAGCAACUGUAGUAUCCUCCAAACGGAAUGGUUCUGCCGAUGAAGAUUCCGAUAAGUGGCAAUCGGAGGACAAUGACACCGAGAAGGGAGGCGUUGAAAUCAAUGGUAGCAGCGAAGUAGUGAAGCAACCUAGCUCAGUGAAGCGAAGACGAGUAAUUUCGAAUACGGCAGCAAUGUCAAAGCAAAUGAAGGCAAAGGUCACAGAAACUAAACGGAAGUCAACUGGGAAGAAACGGCGAGACCUGAGUCUGUUACCGACGAUGCCACUCGAUAUUCUGUUCACAAUCUGUACAAUGCUUUCUCCUCGAGAUCUCAUCAAUCUAUCGCGGACCGACGCAACUUUCUGUCGUACUCUGACCGCGAACAAUGUAUCAUUCGUUUGGAAGGCGGUGAGGGAAGCUGAAAGCGGGAUCGUAUCUCCUCGAGGAAUUCCUGAAUACCGGUGGGUAGACCUGUUAUUUGGAAAGUCAUAUUGCGACCUCUGCUACGCAAAUCAUGCCUCUGUCGACUGGACGCUUCGCCGACGUGUCUGUACACGUUGCUUGAAGGCAAACUUGAUCGCUGCAUUAAGGGUUAAAAGGCGUUUUCCUGGUGUCAAUGCUGAUGCAUUGAGUCUAAUUCCGCUCACUAAUACUGGACGGGGAGGAAUGUGUGCAUACAACGGAUACUAUUGGAUUUCUGAUAUUACGGACAUCCAAGCUAAAAUCAAGGAGCUGGAAGUAGGCCCCGGGUCCUCCGAACGUCUGGCCAACUUUCGAAAGGAGCGGAAAAAGCUGGUUGAAGACAUGACUAAAGGCGCGAUACAAUGUAAAGAAUGGACUCUCACUAACUCUCGGAAGAACGCUCGUGAAUCGGAUCUUCGGAAAGAUGAAAGAUUUUCUAUGAUAAAGACUCGACUACUUGACUUGGGUUAUACCGAGCAGGACGUCGAGGCCGUGAGAUGGGAAUCGUCGGUUAUACGCGACGCUGAACUCACGUCACAGAGUUGGACCAGGAUGCGUCCGUCUCUCGAGGCGGUGAUCAAAGCCUACCGUGUUCGGAAAGCCAAAGCUGCCCGUAGCCUGGCCCUACGCGAGCGUGCUUCAAUCGUCGAGGACAUUCUCAAAACGUACAAGCAGCAAUUUUUGCCCAUAGUAUGGCGAGAAAUGCCCUCACUCAUAGAUGUCUGCAUGUUCCCUGCAUUUAAGGACGUUUUGGAGCUGCCCACCGAGACAAUAAUCAACGAAGCCAGUUUUGCCGAUGCCAUGAACGAGCUCCCAGACCUGAUCGCGGACUGGCAACAACGAAGAGUAUCCAAGCUGCGAGCCUUAAUCCCAUCUCAGGAAACUGGACAAAUUGAUCCUUUGAAGUUGGCAACAACGGUGUUUUCUUGUCAAUCCGAUUGUCGUGCUAUUAUCACAGAUGCAGAUGUUUGGUGGCAUCAGUGUAAAACAUACAGAUCAAUAGGUCGCCAAGUCGCAAACGUUGAUGAUCUGUAUAAUGCCCCGGGGAACACGGAGCUCUCAUUUGAUACGACGCGAUCCGUCAUGGCUGCUUCUCUAGUACGGCUUGCUUCUCGUGAUCCCGCUACGACGACCGCGGAGGAUAUGGAUAUUCUAAAGCUCGAGUUUCUUUGUAUGAACGAUCCAGUUAGCACGUAUGAUCUCGCCAACGGAGAAGGCAAGUGCAUGGGGCGUCGCGUCCUCUCUUGGAGGGAAUGUGUUCAAAGAAACACCUCUCUAACUUACAAUCAAGGCUCAGACUUUCGUCUUCUUACGUCAGAGGAUGAGGUGAAGAAGAUGCGAGUUGUUAGAAGUGUAUUUAACUGGACCUCGUCAUUGUUUCACUGUCAGCAUUGCACUAGCCAUGUUGAUCCACAGCGGUAUGAGCAUGUCACUAAACAUCUCCAAGAUGUGCAUGGCAUUGGCGAUCCCCUGAUUGAUCGUGAUUUGUUCUUGACUCCUGGUGCGGACAUGCCAGUGGCACAAUGUCCGCCGUUGUAUAUCGUGGAAUUUUGGAGGGAUCCGAGUCCUUAUGCGUGGCUCUAGCAGGACUCCGUCACUUCUUUGACCUGUUGGAACUGCGAUGGUGACAUCAACAGAUAUUUGACCCUGAUACCACGAUGAUUCAUUCCACAUUUUGCCUUAAUCUUGAGCUACGAUGUUGAACAUCAUUAUUAUGUAUAUAUUGUGAAACAUAGAUACUUUUCGCAGCUUUCCGGAUUUCUUAACGCUUUGAAAACUUAACUUGGUUGUUCGGUCCUGUCCUUGAGAGGAUCCCA